AUGGCAACAUGAGCAAACUUAGGUUUACAAGAUAGUUCUUCUCCUUUAAUAGAACAACUUAAUUUUUUCCAUGAUCAUACUCUUCUUAUUUUAACAAUAAUUACAAUUUUAGUUGGAUAUAUUAUAGGAAUAUUAAUAUUUAAUAAAUUUACAAAUCGAUUUUUAUUACACGGACAAACAAUUGAAAUUAUUUGAACAGUAUUACCAGCAAUUAUUUUAAUAUUUAUUGCAUUUCCUUCUUUACGUUUAUUAUACUUAAUAGACGAAAUUAAUACCCCCGCUAUUACUCUUAAAUCAAUUGGACAUCAAUGAUACUGAAGAUAUGAAUAUUCAGAUUUUUUAAACUUAGAAUUUGAUUCAUAUAUAGUGCCUACUAAUGAAUUAGAAACAAACGGAUUUCGUUUAUUAGAUGUAGAUAAUCGAGUAGUAUUACCAAUAAAUAAUCAAGUUCGAAUUCUAGUAACCGCUACUGAUGUCCUUCAUUCUUGAACAGUACCAUCUUUAGGGGUAAAGGUUGAUGCUACUCCCGGACGAUUAAAUCAAAUUAAUUUCUUAAUUAAUCGCCCAGGAUUAUUCUUUGGACAAUGCUCAGAAAUUUGUGGAGCAAAUCACAGAUUUAUACCAAUUGUAAUUGAAAGAAUUCCUAUAAAUUAUUUUAUUAAAUGAAUUACUUCUAUAACUAAUU